UGUGGCGAAGGCUUUGAGUCAGGGCUGCUGAGGUCCCGUUCUGAGGCGUUGGUCUCAGGUUGUUGUCGUUCAGAGUCUGGAUUCUGAAUCUGUGGGAGACUGAACUGCUGCUGAUCUCCACUCCUACACUUUCAAGCACAGAACACCUGAGGGAGCUCCAGGAAGCAGGAGGGGAAGGUCUUGUUGUGAAGCAGUGUCCACAGCUGAGACAAGAGAGGAGACCCAGGUGGUGUCAGGAGUCAAGGCAUCUGAGUCUUCAACAACAAGCUCUUGCUGUCUACACAGAACACCAAGAUGCCUCAUGGUCAGGGGAGCCCAGACAGAAAGCUCGGGAGUGGCCCUCCUCAAAGCAGUACACGGGUCCCCAUGGGUGCGCAGGCCCUCAAGGAUGAGGAGAAGGAAGCAGCAGCCAGCGCUUCCUCUUCAUCCUCUUCCUCCUGUGCUGUAGUGGGGGCCGCAGCAAGAGAAGAGCCUGGGUCUGGGGCACCAAGUUGUCUUCAGGAUCCUCAGGGCACUUCUUCUCCCCCGACUGCCUGUGGUUUUACUCCAAGGGGCCAAUGCUGUGAGGGCUCCAGCAGGCAAGGAGAGGGGGGUGUGAGCUCCUCCCAGGGCAAGUAUAUCUCUCAGGUCACGCCGUAUGAGAUCCUGUAUGACAAGUUAGAUAAAUUGCUGCCAUUCGUGCUCCAGAAGUAUCAAAAGAAGGAGCAGGUCACCAUGGAAGAAAUGGUGCACAUUGUGGGCCAUGAUUACCAGGCCCGCUGCCCUCUGCUCUUUAAGGCACUCUUUGAGUUCAUGUGCCCGAGCAUUGGCAUUGAGAUGAAGGAAAUGGAUGCCCUUGGCCAUACAUAUGAAUUUGUCCCCAUCUUGGGCCUCACUUAUAAUGGGCUACUAGAUAACGAGGGCCAGACAUUUCCUAAAGCAAAACUUCUGACAGUCAUCCUGAGUAUGAUCACUGUAAAGGGCAACCGGCUCAGUGAGGAGGACCUAAGGGAACUACUGAGAAAUAGCGAGGUAUUAAGUGAGAGGGAACACUUUACUGGGGAUCCCUGGAAAUUCAGCACGGAGGAUUUGGUAAGGGAAAAGUACCUGGUGCACCAGCAGGUUCCUAACAGUGAUCCUCCUCGCUAUGAGUUCUUGUGGGGCCCAAGGGCCCACGCUGAAACCACGGAGAUGAAAAUCCUACAGCAUGUAUUCAACUGUGAUAGGGUAGAUCCCAGUUAUUACCUACAUCUAUAUGAACAGGAUUUGCAAUGAAGAACGUGUUUUCAGGGCCCCUGACAGGCAGGAUGAGUGACAGGGAAAGGGAGUAUUCCACAGUCCCGUCACUGCUUGGGUUCCAGCCACGUGAAUUGAGGUCAGAUGUCAGUUACUAUUUCUGGAAAUCAGGCAGUUUUCUAAGCAGAAAGGGCGU